AUGUCGCUCCGUCAGGCACCAAGUCAGCCCGCAGCGGACGAAUCAGACAUGCACAUCAGGAGGAUGGUCGAGGAGGCGAUAGAGAUGGAUUACGGUAAGGGCCGAUACUCUUGUGUAGGAGAGGAACGUCGGCUCGAAAUGCCGCGCCUAGCUCACGCUUUCAGGUCGCGUCUCGACCGACUUCAUUUCCGCUCCUCGUUUCUCAUGACGCUUUUGAAGAAUUUGGACGCAGGACGAUGUGCUGGCCUGCCUGCGCCGCACACCCGUUCACCCAACCACUGA